GAAUUGGUUGUAGGUUUUUGUUCAUCUUUCUCUCUUGCUCAAACUCAAGGGGUGUAAAAGAAAAAAAGGGAAGAAAAGGGAAGAAAACGAAAACUCAAGAAAAAAGCCGUACGGGCUAAAAUUAGUGCACGCCGGCGACCCGACCCGUCAAAGUCACGCUCCGUUCAGACACCAUCUCCGACCAGCGCUAUUUCCGCCUGAAUCAUCAGUACGAGAACAUAUGUGCGUAUGAUUGGCUUACGAUCAGAGUUGAAUUGGAGAAAGAGGUGAUAGCAGCGCUAGGCCAAAUAAAUGGAUAGACAGAAUCAAAGAAUAGAGCAGGGAAUUGUCGAAGGAUGUUCAUCACUAGAAUCAAGAGGAUCUGUUUUUGGAAAAUAUUCUGAUGCAGACAUGCUUUUUAAGCUGAAAAGAAUUGCUCUGGAUCCUUGUGAUCCCAAAGCUAGCUUCGGAAAAUCUGGAUCAUUGUUGAACCAAACACUAAGAGUGCGAAAAGUCUUGUCUAUUGGUGACCUUGACUGCCCACGGAGAAAGAGAAAGCUCCAACUUUACAUCAAAGGAAACUUGAGAAACGCUCCCAACCUUCCAUUGGAGACAUUUGACAACAAAAGUAAGGAAAAAAAGAGUAGAAGACAGUUGUCCCAUGCAUCGACUGUUUCAUGCUUUAACAGUUCAGUGAAAUCCAAAAGUUUUGAAAAAAAUGCAGUCCCGACUUCACAUAGCCCAACGAGCUUAUUAACAUUUGAAGCGAGUCUUCAAGAGCGAAUGUUUUCAGAAUCCUUUCUAAACGCUGUAGAUAUGGGUCCUCCUGCCAACUAUAUUUCUUCUGUAAUUGAUUCCGACGAAUCUGUAAAUGGCUCAGACCACUUGAGCCCUGUGGACCUAACCCUCACCCCCAUCGAAGCACCAUUGCUUGCCUUGGAUGAACUGAUUCACAAUUCAAAGUCAUUGACUAGGAAAGGAUCAAAGACCAGGCAUCUUCAAUCACCUCGUGGGUCCAUUACCAUUAGGUUAGAGAGCUUCACAGAUGAUCCCUCUCCAAAGAUGGUUGUUCCAGUUGGGCCCCGUUUUCAGGCUGAAAUUCCCGAGUGGUCCGAACCAGUUGGCUAUAGACAAGCUCAUGGUGGUUCUGAUGAUUCAAGAUGGUUAGGAACCAAAGUCUGGCCUAUUGAAAUGGGCAAUACCAAACAAUCCACUAAAUAUGUUGGAAAAGGCAGAGCAGAGUCUUGCACUUGCCAAUCUCCAGGCUCAGUUGAGUGUGUUCAAAGCCAUGUUCUAGAGGAGAGACUCCGUCUCAAAUGUGAUCUUGGCCCUGCGUUCUCAGCCUGGAAAUUUGAUGAAAUGGGGGAACAAAUGUUGAAGUCAUGGACAGCCGAGGACCAAAAGACUUUUGAGCCAUUGGUGAAAAAGAAUCCACACUCAAAUGGAAAGAAGUUUCUGAAGCAGGCCUUGAAGUCUUUCCGUUCUGAUCUUAGGACAACUGCAGUCAAUUAUUACUUCAAUGUCUUCCUCCCAAGACGCAUUAGUAUGCUCACACGGAUGUCACUGGCUGAGCUAGUUGACACUGAUGAUGAGGCAGAAGAUUCUAAUAACUUGCUUUUGCGUGACAUAUGUGAUGGCAAAAGUGUUAAUCCUGGGAGGUCCAAUGAUGUAAAAAGAACCCGUUACUUGCGUCUCAGGACUUGAUCAUGAACACUGGAAGAUCAGUGAAUAUGAUGUAACCUUCCAAAGGUUUUGCUUGGUAGCUUUGUUAUUAUAAUGCAGUUUAAUUUCUGUUUAGUCAUUUAGUCAAGAGUCACUCUCCAACUUAUGGUGUGGAGGGGGAGGGGGGAGUUCUUUUUAGGAUGGUUUAAUUUUAGUUUGGUUUACGAACUGGCUGCUUUGGUACAUGGCCCAAGUGUGUUAAAGAAAUACAUGUACAAUGAUUAAUGGGAAAAGGUGCAAAUAGGCCCAUGUACUAACCAAAAAAGGUCAAAUAAGCCCUUAUUUAGGAGGUUCUGGCCGGCUGUCGCCAUUUGGGAUGGUUCCCGUUGGAAUUUUUUGAUGAAUUUUUUUGACCAUAUUAUUCAUUAAGUCUAGUUUACGCAUACCAAAUUUCAGCUAAAACUUCAAUCGGGAAGACAUUCAAAUGAAUUCUUGAACAUAACGGCGCAGUUAGAAGCACAGUUAUCUUCAAGAAUUCAUUUGAAUGCCUUCCCGAUUGAAGUUUUAGCUGAAAUUUGAUAUGCGUAAACUAGACUUGAUGAAUAAGAUGCUAAAAAAAUUUCAUAAAAAAAUUCCACCAGGAACCACCCCAAAUGAUGACGGCCGGACAGAGUCUCCUAAAUAAGGGCUUACUUGACCUUUUUUGGUUAGUACAUGGGCCUAUUUGCACCUUUUCCCAUGAUUAAUUGAUACAACCCCAAUCUCUAAUCUGUGUUAUGGACAAUGUAGUAAAUUGAGAGCAGCUAGUGUGGUGCUAGCAAUGCCAUAAGUGGCAUUCUGGUCACUGGCGCCUAUCACCUAGUCAAGUAGCUAGGUAAAUAGAACUAAGGAUGUUUUUAGGUGGACUGUAAUUUGCUGGUCUGGUCUUGUUUGGUCUGAAUUGGUCUGGUCUGGUCUCUUUCUAUUUUUAUAACUAUCCAAGUCUGGCCUGUUUUGGUUUGGAACAGAUUACAGUCCAAGUAAAAGCAUCCAAAAAAAUUGAGUUGGGCAUGGCCCAUGCGGAUUUUUUUGCAGCUUAAUCAGAUAGUUUCAUAAACUCCUUUAAAAAAAAACAUGUCAUGUGGUCCCUGUACUUGGUGUCUAGUCGUAUCCUCGCCAGCAAGCAGUGUCGGCAAACCAUUUUGUAUCGGUGACCAAGUCCCACAUGCGAAAUCUAGUGAUCCCUCAAAACAAUAUUCUCUUUCUGCUUCAGCUUAAAAACGUCUACCUUCUCCGAACGAGAUCCCCAAUCAAACGUGAGCAAAUCCAGCCACCCCUCAUCUCCCUUGAGCCCAUCUUGUGUUUCCCCUGCAAUUGCAGAACCGUUGUGUAACACGGCGCUUCUACGGAUGCAACUCGAAUGCUCUUUCCUUCUCUAGCGAAGAAAACUCACCAUCAUGCUUAAAACCCCUUGUAUGGCUAGUAUGGGCCAAAUCUCCGGCGAUAAUACCCUUUGGAUUUCCUUUCUCAAAUCAGCAAACUAAUAUCAACAACGUCGGUGAAUUCUAUUGAUAAGUCCAUUUUUGUACUUAUUUUUCUUAUCAAAUUUAAGCGAUUUUUGAUUGAAAAUAGAAAGAAAAGGCAUGUUUUAGAUAUUUUGGUUCAAGUUUCAUGAAAUCAGGUGAAAACCACAUUCAUCGUAUGUUUGUCGGAAUUUCGGGUCGAUUGAGCACAAAAUGAGCCAAUUUGAGCAACAAAUGAUAUCAUACCGAAAGAAGGAGACAUUAUUUCAAAGUGGUCCAGAAGACAAUAUUGAAGAGCACAAAAUAAGGAACAAGCCGGACAAAUAAUCUCACAGGCGGCCAGGAAGGCGGCCAAAAUGAAGGCCUUCGCGGCCGCCUACGGUAUUUUUGGAAAGUCAAACUUUGACUUUGACCGGAUUCGGAAAAGACCGUAGGCCGCCGACACUGGACGGAAGGCGGCCGCCUACGGUGACCGCCUGCGGUAGAAGACGACGAAGCAACCGCCGGCCGGUGGGAUUUGACGGCAGGCGGCCAGACAGGAACGGCAGGCGGCCGCCUGCUGGACCGCCUGCGGCGGCCGGGAUCCGCCGGGAUCCGCCGCGAUCCGAUUUGACACUGAAAAGACGGCAGGCGGCCGAUGUGUGACGGAAGGCGGCCGCCCUCUGUGGCCGCCUACGGCUGACGGGGACCGGCCACCGACCGCUGUCGGCGACGAAGACGGCAGGCGGCCGGAGAGAGGCGGAAGGCGGCCGCCUGGUUGGCCGCCUUCGGGGAAAUUUCUCCUAUAAAUAGCCCGAUUUUUCCUCAACUCAAACACACCUCUUCCAACCCUAAAUCAGUUCAAAACACCUUCUUUCUUCCUCCAUUUUCGAGCUCCAAAGGUCUUAGAGAGAGAGAAACUUCAAAUCUUCAUAUCUUCUUCAUUUUAGCUCCAAAUUAUUUGGGCAGAUCCAAUGCCGGUUAGGGGGUGUUCAGUACUGGUUUUGAGGCUCUUAAUAUCUUCAUAAAACAAGUGGGCAUGCUGCCAGUCAUUGUUUUCUGCCCGUUUCCAGUGCCGGUUUGGUCCGUGUUUGGUGUCGGUUCCGUCUUUAACUGCAAUUUGCUUUUUUUGCUUCGAUGGUUGAUAUGCAGUAAUUGUUAGUGCAUAAGUUGUGUUUUUUGCUUUGAUGGUUGAUAUUCACAAUUUUUCAGCUACCUUUAUUAUGAGUUUGUAAUCAUUUGUUUGAGUUGAAUUGUUUUUGUGUUUUAGCUUUCAUUUGUAAGUUGCAAAGUAGUAUGAAACUUAGUGAUGUUGAUGAAGAACUUUGCACUCAAGGAAUCUGCCCAGAUGACAUACCCGGUCGGGUAUGGUCUUUACUCGGUCGGGUAUGAAGUGAAAUUGAAAGCUGCUGCGAAACUGCACUCAUUCCUGGUUGGGUAUGUACCUUCACCCGGUUCGUUAUGACUUGACUUCGGGAAAAUAGACGUGCUCAUCAACACAAAGAUGUGGGUGAAGAUUUGAUUUUGACCAAUACCCGAUUGGGUAUCCGGUGCAGCUUGACGAAAACACCUAUAAAUAAUACACUUUUCCUUCACAUUUCAU